UUAGCAUUAAACAUGUGUUCUUUAUUUAGUAGUAGUGUUUUGUGCUUCCUGGGCUUUCACUUUACAUGUCUCUGAUAAUUCGAUUGAUCGAUCGAGCAUCAUCUUUUACUUGCCACCGUGCAGUUCGGAACUCAAAAUUGAAAAAAAACUAUGCCCAUCAAGUUAUAAACCAGGUGACUAUAUCUAAUCCCAUACCCUUCCCCCGAUUAUCAAUGAUAAUUACUCGACAACCGAGCGGCCUCUUGUUCUGCAAGAUUGACCUAGACGAAUGCUUUGCCAUUCCAAAUCAGGAAAACCUCCUAGAUAAUCAUUAUCCGUGAUAGUCGUUAACAUUAUCCGGCAAGACAAUGAAUCACAAAAUUGAAAUGCAGUAUCUGUAAAUACAGUAACCUUUCGUUCGCUUGAAUAUGCAAUAUUGUAAUUGGUGAAUAUGGCACAACUUCCUUUAGCACUUUUGACAUUAUUCCGUUUGCAUAACUAUUUGAUAAACAAAGUUUGGGGCAAUGAGAAUCACCUCGCAUUAAGUUUCGCCCAGGGAAUGAACUUCUGCUUGAAAAAAAAACUACUUAAAGAAGAGGAAAUCAAGCAUUGCGAAGUGCUUGAAAAUACAACUAUCCUACCAUCCUUUCGUAUUAUGGCAAAGCACGCAUUGGUACUUUUACUGUUUUUUGUUGUAACUUUCAACGUGAUAACGGCUGAGUGGAUUGGCACCAGGCCCGGUUGCUUACACACUGAACGGGACUGCCCAAUUACUUAUGUGGACAGGCACCCGAUAUGCUUUGCACGUACAGCAGAAGAGGCCAAGGAGUGCCCAUCAGCAUGCGGAGAAUUUGGCGAUGAUUGUGAUCUGUCCAGGGAGGUCUUUAAACAGUGCUGUAUUCGUUAAACAUGUAUACUUAUUACUGUUUUAUGCUCUAUUGACGUCCAUUUUACAUGGCACUGGUAAAUAAAAGCUUGUGGUAUUAGUAGUUUCUACAUUGUAACCUGACAAUAACUCCAACCGAGUAAAAUGAAUCCUUGCUCAUCUGCAUUUCGUUACAAAAGGUUAUAAUCUCAGUAUAGUUUUGCCAGAUGGCGUAAUUUCCAAAUAUAGUUUAGCCUCUUUACCCAAUUUUAAUGUUGCAAUAAAAUGCGGCACACGUUUGAAAAUUUUGAUGAGUG